AUGGCACCACAGAUAGCCAACAAAUAUCUCCAACCAUUGUUGUGCAGGUGGACAUCGCACGGGGGAGAGUUAACAUCAUUUUGGAGACAACUAUAUGGUGGCAAUAUGAAAUACGCUAUGAUCGAGGUGAUGAUGGAUCCGAAAGGCCAGAACACAGACAUGAAGGUGAAUCGGUUUUUCAUUGACUCACCGUCUACUGGCAAAUUUCCCCCAACACCGCUCCCCAAAAGAAACAUCGAUAUGCACAAUUGCGCAAAGUUUUGCGAGAGACUCGAGACUAGUCCAAAAAUCGCUGUCAAAGCUAGCGUCCAAUUGAAAGCUUGUUUACGACCGAACGUAUCCGAAAAGACACCCCAGUAUAUAGCUCCGAACAUCAUUCCAAAUAUGAAAGAGCUGGGCAGAAAACCUAUUAAUGAGUUUGAUACCUGA